UAGGGUUUCAGAGAAAAUGGCCGGCGUUGCACUGGUGGCGGGAUUACAAGGUGAUCCCCCUCCUGUACCAGGUCAGGACUUUCUUCUCCUCCCUGAUCCAGACGGAGGAGUACUAAACCACGGAGGUGUACAGAAUAUCAUGGAAGAGAUUAGACCGGAAAACCAGGAGGAAAAGAAAAAACUGGUUUUUAAGAAUGCCUUGAGCCUGGAAGAUCUUUGUAUUCUGAGCUAUCUGAAGUACCUGGAGACAGAGAUUGUCACUUAUAUUUCUCUGACCCAGAGUAAAUCAAUCCUGGUGAAAGGAGUAGCGAGAAAAAUGCUGCAGAUUCUGAAAGACGACAUAAACUGUAAAGUGACUGGUAUAGCUAGCUCCGUGAUAAGAGAGAAAAUGGUUUCUCAUAUUCUCAGCGAACAGUUUCCAUCCGUUGAGUACUGCAACAUGUAUCAGUCUGAUGGAAAGAACGACGACACUGAUACAGCUGAAGAGGAUGAACUUGUUGUACCGGCCUGUCCUAACAUAUGUUGUACGGGAGCAUUCAUCCAGGAGGGAAUGAUGGGAGUAGUAAUGUGUGCUGAGGUCAGACAACUAAUUUUUACAGCUGACAAGGUUCGGAGUAGACGGCAUACUCCGGGUACCCUGGAGUUCAAUGUUCCUGUUGUACUAACUCAUCUACUAGGAGCUACUGAGGGGAAAGUAUCCCAACUGGAGAGAUUAGUUUUCUCAGAAAAUUUUGUCAAAGAGGAAUCUGAUAGCGAGGAUUCUAAAUCUAAACGAAAAAUAUUACCCCGCCUCGAUCAGAGUGAUAAACAACAAACCUUCGCUAGAAACUUUGGAAUGGGGAAUAUAUAUGAUACCUCGGAUAGAAGAGGAAUAGCUGUAGAUUUACUUAUUCUAUUCAGGGAUAUACAUCCUAAGGGUAUGCAGUAUACUAAGCUGACAGAACUAGUCCUGAAGAACAACAUACAGUGCAAAUUGUACAGUAGAGCCAACUUCCAGUUUGAGUUCUUGGCUCGGAUCGGAGUCUGUUGUCCUAAACUCCGAGUAUUCGAUGUGUUUGGUACAGACACUUGGGCAGAUUGUUUAAUAGCUCUUUUCUUUAAAGAUGCUUUCCAUAGUUUACACAGGUAUUUGUACUUUAUGGAGAAUGAGGAGGAUGAAUGUUCUGAAUAUCAUCCACAUGAUACACUUAGAUAUUGCCAGUUUUGUCUAGAUCAGUGGCAUCCGAACCAGGUGGAUAGACCGCACACAAAUAAUCCAGUAAUCCCUCUCCUAGACUCAGUUUACAAUCAUAUACUCAAACGAUAUCCUAAAAGAUCAUACUGCAUUCUUCGGAACUGUGUGAGAGUAAGUGAUCUCAUCAAAUCCACAGAAUCCACAGUGUUCGAACUAGUCAGACCUCUUCGAGCUCCAACCUGUCAGUCUUGUAAUAAGGAAUGUACAGAAACAGAUCCCCUAGCAAUAGAUUCAAGUAUCAAAACGAGGUCACGAACACCACGAAGUGUUGCCGAACCUGGAAAGUUGCCACAGUAUUCAUGUUGUCACAAGUUCCAUCCAGAUUUAAAUGAACCCUGUUCCGUGGUGGGUCCAGGGGAACUACGCAAGGUUUACAGAAGAUCAUCUCGACUCCAACAUUCACCCAGCUCUAGCUCCGUCCUAGCCACGUUUGAGAAUACGCCAGACAGUGCAGCCUCACAGGAACGAUGGGCGCUGGCGAAGAGAACCCCAGAGACAAGAAUGAGUUUGGGAGGACGGAAAAGUAUAUCCAAGAGCAGAGAGAUCUUGAGCUUGAUAGAUCCGGAGCAACCUGAUAAUCCGGUGGGCUCCAAGGGAAUGUUGACCCGCUCCAUGAAGCGGAAACUCUUCUCGGUAGGAACCUGUGAGACUGGAAUGAAGAAGAUGAAGACGGAAAGGUUUCCGAGCUCGAACGGGUUCGACCGUCAGCUCCGUGGGACUUCAACCCGUCGGAGCGGGAAGGUAGGGAAGGGACUAGAGCUGGAUAGAGUGCAACCUGAUCCUAGCAGGUUGGAGAAGGAUGAAUCUGUGAUAGAAGAGGAACUAUGGGUGGUGGAAAGAUUUCUAAGGGAUACAAAGUAUGCUGCCACUGUAUGCAACAAAUCAGAGGUGGCCGGGAUGAAGUUCUGUGAUAAUCACGAUAUUUGGUUUGAACCUGAGGUUAUACAAUACAGAGAGAUUAGCAAAUGGUCUCAUCUCAACGAAUGUGUUAAAUCUUUAGAAAUACUGAAUAUAGGAGGAAGCAACGUUCUGGGUGAAUUUCUUCCUUUUGUUUUCCUGCACGCCCCCCGUCUCAAGUCUCUAGGUCAGUGGUUGAACACAAUGAUCUACGGUCUGGAGAUACUCCGUGAACUACCUGGAUACGAGAACUAUGAGAAUCCGCAGCUCCAGGAGUUCAGCUACUCUAGUGACAGGAGCUACUUCUGCCAACCUUAUAUUGGGUUUGUACCAGAAACCCCAGAUUUUAAAAAUGUCCGGAGAGAGAUGGUGAGAUACUCAACCAAAUCCGCAACUAAGAUCGGUCACAAACAACGUCUCCAUGCGUCUAAAAGACGACAGAUCAGAGAUGAUAUUGAUCUCAUGUGCACCUCCUGUCCUAACCUGAGGAAGGUUAACCUUGUUGUUCACUACAAAUUCUCUAUGAUGGAUGAUUCUCAAAUACAGGUUUGGGAACCCCUCCUUCAGUUGAACUAUCUAGUUGAGCUGGACCUGGUCGCUAUGAAGUUUGAGAACGUGAGAUCAUUAUUUAGUGUGGUGGGGAGAAGAUUAGAUAAAUUAACAGUAGAAUGCGAGGAGGAACAGGGGAACGGAUCUGAAAUUGUUCAUCUGGCACGAACUUGUCCUAACCUCUCCAGUCUCAGGAUACUCCUAGGAGACAAGGUUCUACGCGGAGAAAUGACUCUACACUUUGGUCAAAUAUUUUUCAGGAAAUUGGAAAGAUUAGUUGUUGAAGGAAACGUUCAUCUGCAUGGGUUCGCGUUUCUCUGGGGGCAUUGUCAGAACCUUAAAUAUAUGAAAAUAGGUCUAGUUGUAUCGAAUGAGCUCACAAAUACAAAUGUUCUGAUUCAAGAUGUGUUUACUCUCCUCUUUCAAGUUAACAAGAUGAUACAUCUUGAGGAGCUUCAUAUAAAAAAUCUAAAGAUUAGAAGCCUAGCAAUGGGAUUAUUUCUUCUAGAUAACCUUCCUAGUCUGAAGAGAGCUUCAAACUGGUUCCUUGAUCUAUGCGGAGAGGAUGUAUCUGCGUUUAAGAGGCAUGUCUGCAAGAUGAAGAAUAGAGUUGCGCUAGAUUUUGACCUGCUUUAAACAUAAUCUCAUCGCUUCACUCACAGAGGAUAUACGAGUACAGAGAUGUCAGUGCCAGCUGUCAUUCAACAAUUUCAUUUAGCGGUCUCGGAUAGUUGAAAACUUGCACUGUUUUUUCCGUUAUUUGUAAUACGUUCCUGUUUAUCACUCUUUUUUAUAUACAAUCAAAAUUAUCAACAAACGUACACGAUGUACUAAACACCAGUACACGUUUACAGGAGAGCAGUACACGCUGUAUCAGACAGUAGUGUACUUUGUACCAGACAGCACUGCACGCUGCAUCAUUCCUGAGUACACGCUGUACCAUAUUGUCUAUAUGAACUGUAAUUUCCAUCUCUGUAGUUUUAUAUUUUACCUGGCUUAAUGCAUAUGUGCUGUAUCCAAGAGUUUUAUAAUGUUAAAAAUUGAAAACACUUGAAUGUUUGAAUUAAAUUAUAUGGUUCCAAGUUA